UGAGCUUGAGCGUGAGCCGGCUGCUGAAGACUUGCGAACAGUUCGGAGCCAGCGAGAGCGCGCCAGAGAGAGCGCGCCAGAGAGAGCGAGAGUGAGGGAGUGAGUGCAAGGGGAUCUAGAGGAGUCAGGGCGAGAAAGCGAGGGCCGGAGGACCCACGAUUGAGACAGAGUGACCAUGGCUGUCUCCGCGCCUCCAGUGAUCUCUGCAACUUCCAGCGGCGCCGGCGUCCCGGGGGGCUUAUUCCGGGCCGAACCCCCGUACUCGACUCCCGGAGAGCCCCCUCGUCUUACUCCUAAUAUGAUCAAUAGUUUCAUGGUUAAUAACCACAGCAGCAGUGCCGGAGGCGGCGGCAGCGGCAACACCAACACCAGCGAGUGCCGCAUGGUCGACAUGCACGGGAUGAAGGUGGCUUCGUUCCUGAUGGACGGCCAGGAACUGAUCUGCCUGCCUCAAGUCUUUGAUCUUUUUCUCAAGCACCUGGUGGGAGGCUUGCACACUGUGUACACCAAGCUGAAGAGACUGGAUAUAUCCCCCGUGGUGUGUACUGUCGAGCAGGUCCGGAUCCUCCGCGGGCUGGGCGCCAUCCAGCCCGGGGUAAACCGCUGCAAACUCAUCACCAGGAAAGACUUUGAAACUUUGUUCACCGAUUGCACCAAUGCCAGAAGGAAGAGGCAAAUGACAAGAAAACAAGCUGUUAACAGUUCAAGACCUGGCAGGCCCCCUAAGCGUUCUUUGGGAGUGUUGCAGGAAAAUGCUCGCCUUCUGCCCCAUGCAGUCCCAGGCCUCUUAUCACCAGGACUUAUCACUCCGACAGGUAUAACAGCUGCAGCAAUGGCUGAGGCAAUGAAACUGCAGAAGAUGAAGCUUAUGGCUAUGAACACUCUUCAGGGAAAUGGAAGCCAAAAUGGGACUGAAUCAGAGCCUGAUGAUCUUAAUUCUAACACAGGUGGAAGUGAAUCCUCCUGGGAUAAGGAUAAGAUGCAGUCUCCAUUUGCUGCACCUGGACCCCAACAUGGAAUUGCUCAUGCAGCCCUAGCUGGCCAGCCAGGCGUUGGGGGUGCUCCAACCUUCAAUCCACUGCAGCAGAACCACCUGCUAACCAAUAGACUGGAUCUGCCAUUUAUGAUGAUGCCUCAUCCCCUACUUCCAGUCAGCUUACCUCCUGCAUCAGUUGCCAUGGCAAUGAAUCAGAUGAACCAUCUCAAUACUAUUGCCAACAUGGCUGCUGCAGCACAGAUUCACAGUCCACUCUCCAGAGCUGGUACCUCUGUUAUAAAGGAGCGGAUCCCAGAGAGUCCUUCUCCUGCUCCUUCUCUGGAAGAGAAUCAUCGUCCUGGGAGCCAGACCUCUUCCCACACCAGCAGCAGUGUGUCCAGCUCUCCCUCUCAGAUGGAUCAUCAUUUGGAAAGAAUGGAAGAGGUACCAGUUCAAAUUCCAAUAAUGAAGUCACCCUUGGACAAGAUACAGCUGACUCCUGGGCAGGCAUUGCCCGCUGGAUUCCCUGGACCAUUCAUUUUUGCGGAUAGUCUGUCCUCCGUGGAGACUCUGUUGACCAACAUUCAGGGUCUGCUGAAAGUUGCUUUGGAUAAUGCUCGCAUCCAGGAGAAGCAGAUUCAACAAGAAAAGAAGGAGCUGCGACUGGAGCUCUAUAGAGAGAGAGAAAUUAGAGAAAAUCUUGAAAGACAACUUGCAGUUGAGCUUCAAAGCAGAACUACCAUGCAAAAGCGCCUGAAGAAGGAGAAAAAAACCAAGAGAAAAUUGCAGGAAGCCUUGGAAUUUGAAUCAAAGCGCCGGGAGCAAGUGGAGCAGGCACUUAAGCAAGCCACCACUAGUGACAGUGGCCUGAGGAUGUUAAAAGAUACUGGAAUUCCAGAUAUUGAAAUAGAAAACAACGGGACUCCUCAUGAUAGUGCUGCUCUGCAAGGAGGUAACUAUUACUGUUUAGAAAUGGCACAACAGUUGUAUUCAGCCUGAAAAGUCCUCGCUGGCUUUACAUAAAUGAAGAUGCUUGUGAUUCCAGUUUAUCUCUGAAACUAUUCAACAUGGAGUUAUUUCAAUUUUGUUUAUCAGCAAAGCUUUGUUUACUGAAGGAGCUAUUUAAUCUAUGUUACGUUAAAAAAGAAACACGUGUACAUUUUAAAAGCAAUGACGUAAACUUUGUUCUUGCAUUAGAUUGACCAGUUUAAAAAUAUGAACUAAGUCCUAAUGGCUAAAGUAACUUGACCGUAUUUGAUGCUUUUCUAUGCUCAUUUCAACUUGGCCUUUUGUCUUUUAAAUUUUAAAAAAAUGCAGUAGUGUGUUAGAGACUAGAAACUUAUAUGUAUGGUUUCCCUGUUCUACUAUACAUAAUGUUAAAGUACACCUUCUUUGUUAAAAAUGUACUUGCUAAACUUCAGCAUAAAUAAAAACAUUUUGACUUUG